UUGUUUGGUAGGAAGAGGCGCGUGUAGCUGAGUUAGCAGCUAAACCGCAACUUUAGCCAAAUAUAUAUUUAUAAACGUUUCAAAGUGGUUAAAAACAGACGCGUUUUAAACAGCAGCUGGAUUUUCAAGAGGACAUGAGGUUGUAGUUUGCUGUCUGCGGUCAGCUGUGGUUAAGUUUAGCUUCUCAGCCUCUAAGAGGAGCUGAGCUAGCUGCCAACUAGCUGUUUAUAAUGUUUAACAUUUUAAUUAAAUAAGCGGGGUUUAAAUACAACAGACACCAGGAGGGAUGCGGUCUCUGAACUACGUCCAGCGGAUCAGUCUGGAUUUCACAGGAACUCUGUUUCCUCAUGCUAUCUGUCUGGCAGACGCAGACAACGACUCGCUGAAUGAGCUGGUGGUUGGAGACACCAGUGGGAAGCUGCUUGUUUACAAGAACGAUGAUUCCAAACCAUGCAUCACUAGAACCUGCGUGGGAAUGCUGACCUGUGUUGCCGUUGGAGACGUCUGUAACAAAGGAAAGAACUUUGUGGUUGCUGUGGGAGCAGAAGGAUGGUUCCACCUGUUUGACCUGACAGCCACCACUGCAAGCAAAGCAGAAUCCUCCAGCCAACAUGAGUUCCUGUCAUCUGAAGACCAGAAGCCCUUCUUCACCCAACAUAUUCCUGCUAACACCAAAGUUAUCCUUAUAAGUGAUAUUGAUGGAGACGGGCGCUGUGAGCUGGUGGUGGGCUACACAGACCGAGUGGUACGAGCCUUCCGCUGGGAGGAACCGUCUGACGGUUCAGAUGUGGGGUCUGGUCAGCUGGUCCUGCUGAAGAAAUGGCUGCUGGAGGGACAAGUGGACAGUCUGUCAGUGAAUCCAGGUCCAGAAGGUCUACCAGAGCUGAUGGUGUCCCAGCCGGGCUGUGGAUACGCCAUCCUGCUCUGCUCCUGGACACAACAGGACUCCAGCGGCUCCGGAGACGAAGCUCCUGCCACACCUGGGAGUGAGGGACCUUCCAGAGACGUAGUUCUCCAUCUGACCACCGGGCGGAUACACAACAAGAACGUCUCCACUCAUCUCAUUGGAAGCAUCAGCAAAGGUUCUAAAGAGGAAUCUUCUAAAUGUGGACUGUUUGCUCUCUGUACUUUAGACGGAACCCUGAAGCUGAUGGACAGUUCAGAGCAGCUGCUGUGGUCGGUGCAGGUGGAUCAUCAGCUCUUUGCCCUGCAGAAGCUCGACGUCACUGGAGACGGCAGAGAGGAGGUGGUGGCGUGUGCUUGGGACGGUCAAACCUACAUCAUCGACCACAACCGGACCGUGGUGCGUUUCCAGUUCGAUGAGAACGUCAACGCCUUCUGUGCGGGUCAGUACACGUGUAAGGAGGGUAGAAACAGCCCCUGCCUGGUGUACGUCAGCUUCAACCACAAAAUCUACAUCUACUGGAAGGUGGAGCUGGAGAGGAUGGAGUCCACCAACCUGCUGCGGGUGCUGGAGGAGAAACCAGAGUUCAGAAGUCACCUGAAGGAGCUCGGAGUCGAUGCUGAGGAUUCGGCUGCAGUCAGAGCGCUGGUGGCAGAUAUUCUCUACAAGGAUGUGCAGACGUAGCACCUGUCAGCACGCCGCCUUCUCUGUUUCCCCCGGACUGUAAAUACUCUGUUAAUAAACACCGACUGACUGACUGACUGACUGACUGACUGACUGCGGUGCUGCUGGCCUUGUUAUUUGUGUUCCCUGCAGGUAGACGUGUCGGGUUCAGGUUUCUGAUCUGCCUCUGUCGUUGGGAUUCUGUCUGCCUGGGUUUUGUUUUUAACGAGCCUGAGAGAGGAUGAAGGCUGAGACACAAUACAGGGGAAACGCUACACCGUUCAGCCUGCUGUUUCCACUGCUGUGGCUGUGAAUUUGUGAGCGAGGAGGUUUUGUGUUGCUGACGAGCCGCAGAAAGGGGCUCAGCAACCACAUGGUAGUGUCUUCUCUGUCAUGUAGUGUAGUCUCUUUACUGGAAAAAAUGCUCCUCUCAAAACAAGAAAAAAAAAAAGCUUAUUUCAAGGAACUUUUACCUUGAAAUAAGUGAAAAAAUCUGCCAAUAGAACAAGUGAAAAAUGUCUUGGUAAGAUUUCUUGAAGUAAGAUAUGAUAUUUAGAAUAUUGAGAUCUUAAAAUGAGCUGGGAAAACUUAUUUUAAGCUAUAUUUUACCAGGAUUGUCAAGCUUAGGUGUCUUAAAAUAAGCCAGACAUGCUUAAAAAAAAAGCAGUUUUUCACUCAAAAAUAGAUUUUUGCUUUCAUGUAACCUCCUAAUUUGAGAUGUAUUAACACUUCUGUUGUCCUCAUUUACUGGCAUCAACAAUAUUGUUUCCUUGUCUGAAAAAAAAUCCAAAAAUUCUGCAAAAACAUUGCCCUCAUUUCUGAAAAUUUGCAAAACCUUCAGGAAGAAAAUUCCAAUAAUUCCUUACAAGUUUCCCUUAAAAGUUUUAUUUCAUAAAAAUCCCCCAAAUUUGGCAAGAAAAUUCUUGUAAAUAUUUUUAAAAAAUAAAUAAAAA